CUGAUGCGGUGACGCGCACAGUGCUGCGGGACGGAGGCUGAGCGCAGCGGCGGCGCGAGGAUGAGGAUGGAUUAUAACUGAUGAAGAGAGACGCGCAAUGAUGGGCUGUUCAUCACAAUAUGUGUGUUCGUGACAGCCGGACUGUUUUAUAGACCUCUCAUGUUCAUUCAUGUGGGCUGGUGAAGUUCACCUGAUGCUGAGACGGAUCGUUCACUCAUAAGUGCACAAGAAAGUGAGCUUCCUCCAACUGAACCUCAAGGACAAACUCACGGGAUGUAAAUAUUAAUUGCAAAAAAAUCACUUUUCCAGCGUUACUUUUGAUACCCAAACCGUCUAUAGCAAUUUUGCGCGCUUGUAGUUGAAGAUAUAUUUUUUUUUUUGCGUACAGAAUGCCAGCAGUAUUCUGAGCGGAUGGAUUUAACCUAUUUAUUUUAAUCUAAAAGCAAUGUUGUGCGAGUUGUGACGCGGAAAUCCCCGUUUGACGACGACUGGAGAACGUUAUGUGUGAGCGGAGCGUUGUAACGGUCCGCCAAUGACGGAAAGUUGACGAACAUUGUUUUUAUUUACUUACUUUUGUUUUCUUUUAUUAUUCAACAGAAUAACGUGAUGCUUUUGUUAAUAAUAAAUGCUUUUUCUAGUCCUGACGCGACACCGCGACGCCUCGUUUAGUGUUUUCUGAGAGACAGCGUCUGGUGUGCGUUCCUCUGAGGGUUAGUGGGUAGUGUGCGUUAUUUUGAGGGACACAGUGGGUAUAGUGUGCGUUCUUCUGAGGGUCAGCGUGUGUAGUGUGUGUUCUUCUUAAGGUUGAUGUUCUGCUGGCCGCUCGUGCUGCUUGUGAUGGGCUGUAUUCAGAGCAUCAGAUGCAAACCCAAGAGUUUCCGGGACAGCAUCGUGGUUCUGGAGGUGAACUCCUCCAUCGACUCGAACCCCACCAGCAUCGACGAGUCCUCUGGCGUGGUGCUGCGCUACCGUACGCCGCAUUUCCGCGCGUCUGCCCGGGUCCUGGUGCCGCCGGUGGCCGGUAAAGAGAGCUGGACGGUCGGCUGGAUUCAGGCGUGCAACCACAUGGAGUUUUACAACAAAUACGGAUCCAAAGGGAUGUCCAGCUGGGAGCUGCCGGAUCUCCGAGAUGGAAAAAUCCAAGCCAUCAGCGACUCAGACGGCGUCAACUACCCCUGGUACGGCAACACCACCGAAACCUGCACCAUCGUGGGUCCCACCAAGAAGGACACCAAGUUCACCGUCAGCAUGAACGACAACUUCUACCCCAGCGUGACGUGGGGCGUCCCGGUGAGCGACAGCAAUGUACCCAUGCUCAGCAGCAUCUGGAGGGACCAGAGCUUCACCACCUGGCUAGUGGCCAUCAACCAAGUGUCGGGCGAAAUCCUGGUGCUGCAGACGGUGCGAUGGCGCAUGCGUCUGCACAUCGAGGUGGAUCCCGACAAGCCGCUGGGACAGAGAGCCAAGCUGUGCGAGCCCAUCGCUCAGGAGCAGCCGCAGGUGCUGGGGAAGAACGAAGCCAUCCCGCCCAACGCCAUGGUCAAACCCAAUGCCAACGACGCUCAGGUGCUGAUGUGGCGGCCGCGGACGGGCGAGCCAGUGGUGGUCAUCCCUCCCAAACACUGAGACCAAAAGCGGUCGGGAAACACUGUGCUAAAUGCCACUGCAAAAAGACAAAGUGGGAAUAUUACGUCUCAGACGGACCGAAAGAGCGUCGAUUCACGCUGCCUUAAGUUUAUUU